AUGUUGCACCCAGCAGGGGUAGAGGCAUGGCUACUCGUCGACGGUCAGCGAGCAGAAGAGUAUGCAGUCGAGCAACAAGGCAGCAAGAUGGAAUGCAUCAUCGAAAGCAAGCCAGGCUCACGCUUCUCGGUCCACUUCCUGGCUAGGGCAGGAUCCGACGCGACUCGCUUUGCGACGACCUACCAGCUCUCUAUCGAUGGCUCGCCGCUCAAACACCGACUCCAUCUCAGGUUGGGCCGUGCUCCGCGCGAGUGUGGUUGGAAAGGGUACGAUGUCGACAGGACGACGACAAAGGCCUUUACGUUUGCGCGCAUUGAGACAUCUGACGAUCCGGUCGAGACCAUGCAAGAUCACACGCUCCUCGAAGGGCUGGGCAAACUGGUCAUCACCGGCAAGCGAGGUGUUUCUCAGAAAAGCGCUGUUCAGCAAAACCAAGUCUACGAGACCGAUAGAGUCGCUCCCGUCAUUGACGAGAAGAUGAAAAAGGGUCAGCUGCUACACCAGACCAAGGCUGGUGCCGACCUCUCGCCCAGAAAGGCGUGCGAAACGUGGACGAUGACGCAAACCUACGAUACGGAUGAAGCGCCCUUUGUGUCGCUUACCUUUCGCUACGUCUCGCGUGAAGCCCUCGAACUCGAAGGCCUCGUCGACAUGCCUGAACCUGAGCAAGAGCCAGACGCGAAGCCGGUUCGCAGCAAAGUGAGACCGACGGGCAAGGUCAUCGUCAUUGAGGAUGACGAGCCUCCGAGGAAGCGAGACAUGGCCAAGAUUGAAUCGGACGAGCUCACUCUGUUGCCUGCUCCGACUAAGAUGAUCAAGACAGAGGCCAAGCCCAUCUUGCUGGAUUAG